AGAAUAGCCACAACCAUGUUAUUCUAUAUGUACAAUCUCUUUAUAAAGUAUAUGGGAUGCAUGAUGGUUAUAAAUUAAGCACGCCUAUAUAAAAAUACACCUGCAUGUGGGGGGAUGUUUAUAUAUCUAAGUAGCCUUUUCUUUUUCUUUCCUAAACUCAUCCUACUAACUCUUACUGCUAGUUCCUAAGUACAAUGGAUUCCUCCAAUAUGGUAAAGGCAACAGUUUCUGAAGCACAUCCUGACACAAUGGAUUUUCUUUCACGAGCUUGGUGCAACUUAGCAAUCCAGGCUUUCCAACCAGAGUUACAUGAUCACUCGCUCGUUCUCCAUGAAAACCCGCUUGUUCUCCAAGAAAACUCGCUCGUUCUCCAAGAAAAUGUCUCAUUCAACAAGUUUGAGUGUGAUACCAAACCUCCCUUUCCUCAGUCGCCAAAGAGUGUGAAGAUGGAUAAUGGAGAUGCGUCUAUUCCACCAUGGAAAUCCAAUGAUGUGAAGUCAUGGAUAUGGAUGCAACAAGCCAUGCACCCAGAAUUGAAUUACAACAGCUGUUUCAGAAAGAAAUGGUUUCCAUGGAAGAUAGCUCCACUGAAGCAUGUCCCAAUAAAGAAAUGGUGGAAAGAGAUUAAGCAGAAGAGGAAAGAAGACCAGAGGUUGCAAAGAGCAGAGGUUCAUGCAGCAGUAUCGGUAGCAGGCAUUGCUGCAGCGCUAGCUGCCAUAGCAGCUGAGAACUCGAAACAAGAUGAUGCAUCGACCAGCACCAAGGACGCAGCGGUGGCUUCUGCCGCUGCCCUCGUUGCUGCCCAGUGUGCACAAGUUGCGGAGGCAAUGGGGGCCAAGAGGGAGCAGCUUAGCAAUAUAAUGAGUUCAGCCAUGACAGGGACUAGUGCUAGUGACAUCUUGACACUCACAGCUGCAGCUGCAACAUCACUAAGGGGAGCAGCUACCCUUAAAGCAAGGUCAGGAUGUAAGGACAAACUAAAUGGGAGCGUGCCGGUGCUUCCAAUUGAGGAUCACAACAAUGAUUUUGAACUAGAUUUUGAGAAAUGCAGAUCACUUCUCACCAAGGGUACGGAGCUCAAGAUUGAGUUGCCAGACGGGAGGUGCAUGGUGAGAUCAGUUUCUGUUACCCUAACCAAUGAAUCAAAGGUUAUUCUUAAAAUACGGAAGAUCAAAUUUUUUAAUGCCUUUGCAAGCAAGAAGGAAAGUAUUGUAAUAGACGUUCAUGCCGAAUUGUACAAAGAUUCAGAAGCCGAUCAAGAACCUGAUACAUGUUAUCUCAUCGUCCUAACAACGAAUGGAGGGAUGGUUAAGCUAGACAUGAUCAAUGAUUACCAGCGAUACAAGAUGUGGGCCAUGACUAUCAAUCAUAUGCUAAUGCUCUCCACAUCAUUUACAAAAUACGAGCUUCAAUUUUAUAAAACUUAAGAGUUAAACAUUACAUUAAUGUGUUUUUGUACUUUCAAUCAUGUAAUUACGAAGAAUGUGUGCCGGAUCCAAACCAUUUAGGUCCACGGAAAUUAUAUGCAUUUGUAGUGCAUAUUGUAUUAUUUGUUCCCAAUAGAAAUGGUAAUAACGUUGGAUGAAAA